ACAAUGUUUUCCUUAGUGUGGCGACUGUAGCAUGCGUUUGCUACCAAGAUCACGGGACCAUCCGCUUCGAGGGGCCCAAAGGUUUUGAACUUGAUCUCGACGUUCUGCUCUUCUUUGCCUGCGGGUGUAAAAGAAUCAUCUCAGUUGGACAGAAUACCAUCUCGAUGUAAACUGGCUGUUGGUGAUGCAUAGAUUGAGAUUCUAAUUUCUCAUAGGGAAAAGGUUCUAGCGUAUACUAGAAGAAGUAAAAUGAAGGACGUGCAAUUUUUUUAGGUCAAAUCAAAAUUGUGACAAGAGGAGCUUAGCAUAAUAAAACUGAACUUUGCAUUUUAGUUCUUUGAUCUUUGCCAGACAUCAACCGUAAGACAGAGAUACUUUAACCAAAAAAUUGGAACAAGAAAGAGACUGAUAUGAAAGAAUUUUAAUCAUAAAGGAGAAGAUUCGAAUAUUGAUGUAGCUUAAGUUGAGAAUGUGAUAUCAUUCUUUGCCUCUUAGCCAAGUCACAUAACACUCAAAGGCAUUUGAUCAGGCAAACUCAUAUUUUGGACACUAAAUUCAUCUUCUGAAACUGUUACCGUCAUCAUUUUCAACUUUCAGUCAAAAGACCCAAAUGGCGGAAAUGUUCAACGCAGCAGUUGGUGCCGGCCUCACUUGCUGGGAUCGCACGGCGAAUUACCGGAGGUACAUCAAGAGCCUUGGUGACAAUUUGACCUCCCUCGAGAGCAAGAUGGCAGAGCUGCGAUGGGUCUAUGAUGAGGUGAACCGACUGGUCUCAACAGCUGAAGAAGGAGAACGGUGGAUCCGAAGGCCCAUCACGGAUGGCUGGUUGCAGAGGGUGGAAACCCAUAGGAAGGAAGCAAAAGAGAUUCUGGUCAAGGGGAAGGAGAUGAUGGGAAUGACUUGCCUGUGCGGACUCUGUUUCAGUAAUUGCCGCGCACGUUACAGGCAGUCAAAGCUUGCCAACGAAAAGAGAGCCGAGAUAGAGAAGACGCUGGGCCAAGGUGGUAACUUCAAGGUCAAGGAAGAUGUUGCCUAUGAGCCUGCUGAUUUGAUCCUCAAGAGAUCUAUCGAGGCACUCCGCCACAAGACUAGUGAGUUGUACGAUGUCUUUCAGACCGUGAAACAACGAGUUAAGCAGGAGGAAGAUAAGCGCUUGGUACCAACACCUGAAGUGGGUGGCUGGUUGGAGAGAGCGCAGCUUCUUCUCGAGAAGGAAGUGCGGAAGAUUCUUGAUCAAUGGACGCAUGAAAUGGAGAAAGGCUUCCAUGGAGUUGGAGGGGACUCUCGCUCUCAAUCUCAAAGGAACUCCGCAUCAUAUUAUCAGCUAUCAAAGCAUGUCGAGGAGAAGCGAGCCACUGUGGAAGAAGAGCUUCGCAAGGCCAGCAGUUUCACAGUUUUCACGUACGAGCCUGCUAAUUUGAUCCUUAUGAGAUCUCUCGAGGCACUCCGUCGCAAGACAAGUGAGCUGCAUGAUGUCUUUGAGACAGUGAAACAGCAAGUUAAGCUGGAGGAAGGCAAGCACUUGAAAAUCCCUGCUGGAGGCCGGGAUGAUCCUGUUAGAAAUACGGUCCCUUUUAAUUGGUUUUCUAAUCUCUUCAUCAACAGGAACUCCACAUCAUAUUAUGAGCUAUCAAAGCAUGCCGAGGAGAAACGAGCCACUGUGGAAGAAGAGCUUCGCAAGGCCAGCAGUUUCUCAGUUUUCACCUACAAGCCAGAUGAUCCACUCAUGAAGAUACCUCUCGAGCCGCCAGUGGGCUUAGAUUCCAGCUUUGAGGAGGUAUGGAAGUGGGUUCAAGAUGAAAGCGUGAGACGUAUAGGGAUAUAUGGCAUGGGAGGUGUGGGAAAGACCACCCUCCUAAAGAAAAUCCACAAUGAAAUCCUGGGAAUGAAGGAUAAAUAUGAUGUGGUUGCUUGGAUUGUGGUGUCCCAACCAACUUGUUCAAAAAUUCAGGAAAUCAUUUGGGAGAAACUGCAUCUCUCUAAAUCAGAAUGGGAUUCCAAGAGUGAAUCGGAUAGAUCUACCGAAGGAAAAAACAAAGAAUCGGAUAGAUCUACUGAAAACAAAGAAUCGCAUAGAUCUACCGAAGGAAAAAAAAAAAAGAAUCGGAUACAAGAUACAGAGCAAAUUGCAGAAAGGAGUUUUCUGCUCUUUUUGGAUGACGUAUGGGAGGUAAUAGAUCUCUUGAAUCUUGGCAUUCCUUCUCACGAUCAUCAACACAAAUCAAAGAUCAUAUUCACAACCAGAUCAGAGAAUGUAUGUGGUCAAAUGCAAGCUGAGAGGAAGAAGAAGAUUGAUUGCUUGCCACCAGAUAAAGCCCUCGAACUAUUCCGAGAGAAGGUGGGUGAAGAUACUUGGCAUGCCCAUGUUGAAAUCCCAAAGCUUGCCAAAUCUCUUGUUAAAGAGUGUGCGUACUUGCCGCUUGCUCUUAUUAUUAUAGGGGCAGCUAUGGCCAGUAGGAAGCAUCAUGAUGACUGGAGACGAGCUAUUAAAUAUUUCAAAGGUCAGCAUUUGAAAAAUUAUCAAUCACACUUUGAAUUUGCGGAAAAGGUGUUGCGUGUGCUAGAGUUCAGUUACGACGCUUUGCCAAAUGAAACCCACAAAAGAUGCUUCUUGUAUUGUUCAAUAUUCCCAGAGGACCGUGCCUAUCACAUGGAUGAGUUGAUUGAUCUAUGGGUGGGGGAGGGCUUUCUCAAUGAAUGUGAGAGUCUACGUGAAGCACGCGAUUGUGGAAUCGAUAUAAUCAGAUACCUCGUGCGUGUCUGUUUAUUGGAGGAAGUUGGCAUGUCUAGUUUUAAAAUGCAUGAUGUAGUUCGAGAUAUGGCUUUAUGGGUGGCAUCUGAGCAUGGAGAGAAGAAGUAUAAAAUCCUAUGUCAGGAGAAGCGAAGGUAUUUUGAGCCGACCGAAUUUAUGAAGUGGGCUGAUGCAGAAAGGAUCUCUUUCUGGGGGGUGGACGGAAGGAUGGAAAACUUCCGUGUUUAUUUCACGACUUUCUCCAGUCUAUCUACCCUGAUAAUCCGGCAUAGCAGGGUGGAUCUAUUUCCAAAUGGAUUGUUUUCUUCCAUGCCAUCGUUGAGAGUGCUGGAUUUGUCUUUCAAUGAACCGCUGGAGAAGUUACCUAUAGAUAUUGGAGUAUUAGUAAAUUUGAGGUACCUUGAUUUGCGGAGGACACCGAUAAGGAGGCAGCCGGUGUUGCUAAAGAAUCUGACAAGGUUGGAGUUUCUGCUUAUAGAUCGUGGUUGUCCUGUUCCGAAGGGAUUGAUACUAAGUCUGACGUCCUUAAGAGUGUUUAGCUGGGAAUCAGAGAAUCUUAUUAAAGGAAAAAGAAAUGACGGAGAAGAGCUCAAUGUGAUUGAGGAGCUGGACGGCAUGAACCAAAUAGAAGAUGUUUGCUUGCAAUUAUUCUUUGCCGCUGAUGUUCAAAAGUUACUCGCGAACUGCCCUCACUUGCAGAGGUGCUUAAGAGAACUCGAGAUUAGGUCAGUUAUAAUCCAGAAGCUAUCACUGAGGAGAAUGGAGCAUCUGAGAUAUCUAGGUCUCCUUGACUGUACAAUUGGAGAGAUAAGCAUGGUCGAGGGAGAUCCAUAUGGUUGCGGCGGUGAGACUGGAAGAGGUGAUGGAUCAGAAUGUCCUCAUCCUCUACCUUCUUGUUAUCCUGAACCAACUUCAACUUCAACUUCAAGCUGUCCAGAAAGUCAGGGCUGCUUCAGUAGCCUUGAAAGGCUAACCAUCUCAUCUUGCAGUAAGUUAACAGAUGUGACAAUUUUGAUUUAUCAUGCUCCCAUCCUUACCAGCCUCAAAAUUGACAACUGUCCCUCAAUUCGGGAACUGAUCAGUGGGGAUAUUGAAGAUUCUCAUGUGGAAAAAAUACUCUCAUCCCUCAUCGAGCUUGUGUUAAAAGAUCUUCCUAAAUUGGAAAGCAUUUGCAGCAGAGCGUUGCCCUUCCCUUCCCUGAAAUCGUAUGAUGUCAGAAACUGUCCAAAUCUGAAGAAGGGUGGUGCCCCUGCAAGACCAAUGAGAUGAAUCGAAGGAAAAAAGGAGUGGUGAGAUGUGUGGCAGUGGGAUGACUCUGGGACCAAGCCAUACUUCUCUACCAAGUUUGUGAGCAAUUCAUAAAUUUCUCAUUUGAGUUUCUUCUCAUGACCAUCUAUAUCUACCUGUCUCUAGUGUAAAUUUGGAACAUGGGAAUAAUGAUGAUGUAAUAAUGAUGAUUGUUAGGAUCUCGGUUUUCGGACCUUGAUCUCAUGUGUAUAUUAGGAACAUGGGAAUAAAUGAUUAUGUAUUAAUGAUGAUUGUUAGGAUCUCGAUUUGUGGACCUUGAUCAAGUGCAAAUCACG